AUGUUUGAGAAGACAACAGACAUGGACAUUAGGUGCAACAUUGAGGAGAAUGGAAGGAUCUCCAAACCCAAAGACAACAAGGAGAUCAGAGAGACUCAAGGCAAAAUGCCCUCGACUUACCUGAAGGAGCAGCCGGGAACUUACCCUGCGCCGGGCUCGUCUGAACUUUGCGCCAAGAACAAGAGCAGCAGCGCUGGGGACCCCGAAUAUUGCAGGAGGAUUCUAGUGAGAGAUGCCAAAGGUUCCAUCCGGGAGAUCAUUUUACCCAAAGGGCUGGAUUUGGACCGACCCAAGCGGAGCAGAACGUCCUUCACUGCGGAGCAACUGUACCGGCUGGAGAUGGAGUUCCAGAGAUGUCAGUAUGUGGUCGGCCGAGAGAGAACCGACUUAUCCCGACAGUUAAAUCUCUCUGAGACUCAGGUGAAGGUCUGGUUCCAGAACCGCAGAACCAAACAAAAGAAGGACCAGGGAAAGGACUCGGAGCUGCGCUCGGUCGUGUCUGAAACAGCAGCAACUUGCAGUGUCCUCAGGCUCCUGGAACAGGGUCGUCUGCUGUCCCCCCCCGGCCUGCCAGGACUCAUGCCCCCCUGUACAACUGGCACCCUCCGUGCCCCCAAUAGCUCCGGGCCUGGCACCAGAUCACUUGCAACUGUCACCAGCACACCCCCCCACCAGCCUGGACUUCACCCUUCCCCCACUGGGCACAACAUCUUCAACAUGCCCGUGCCCUCCCUACUGGGCACCGUGGCCAACCGGCUCUCCUCUCACCCACUGACAAUGGCCGGGAACCUGCACGAACUCUCGGCCCGAUACCUCAGCUCCUCGGCCUUUGAGCCCUACAGCCGGAGCAUCAGCAAAGACUCACUCGAUAAAAAGCUCCUGGACUGA